CAACUACCGGUACUUCAAGCAAGUCGUAUGGUGACGUUUUUCGUGACGUCAUAAAAAGCGACGGCUAGAAAUCUCCGCUCUGCAGUUCUAAGAAGAGAGAAGUGGUACGAAGCUGGACAGGAGUGUCGUCUGCAGCUAGAGCCAUCUCAAGCAGGAGUCGAACGAGUUUAGAAUCGCAUCGCCGAGCGACAGAGAGAGGGGAGAUAAAGAAAAACCAGUUGUUAAGAUUAUAUCUAGAUGGACGUUAAAAAGGAGACGUGUGAGGCUGACAUAAAUACCAGGGAAAUAAUGGCUGUAAAUAUUAAGAAGGAGGACUGUGAAUGGGAAUCCAUCCACCCUAAACAGGAGAGUCUAACUAUUAAGGAGGAGGACUGUGAAACAAGGUUAGUGAGCAUUAAAGAAGAGACUGAAGAGACGUCUGUCAGCAUUGAGACAAACAAUUGUAUAAGUGUGGAAAAUGUCAAGGAAGGCAACCACCAUUGUGUGUGUGAAGAUGGAGCAGUGACCGGGUUAGUCUCUUCUCACAGGAGACACUCUGCAUCAUCAGAGCCUUCAAUCCUUGUAAAGACUCAAUCGUCACAGCCUGAAACAAAGAGAACUGAAGAAAUUUCAUCUGUUAGAAUUCAGAAACAUCAGCCAACACCUACAAAUCAGGCUGAAAAAAGAGACAAACCUCACUGUUGUUCUGAAUGUGGCAAACAAUUCUAUCGCAGGUAUAAUCUACAGAGACACCUAAGAAUUCACACUGGAGAGAAGCCAUAUUGCUGUGUGGAAUGUGGCAAACAGUUUUCAAGAAGAAGCCUUCUGCAGAUCCACAGAAGAAUUCAUACUGGAGAAAAGCCGUAUUGCUGUACAGAGUGUGGCAAACGAUUCCGUGGCAGGAGUCAUCUUCUGAGCCACAAAAGAAUUCACACAGGAGAGAAGCCGUAUUGUUGCUUGGAAUGUGGGAAGUGUUUUUCACGAAAGAGCAUUCUUACAAGACACAACUCGAUCCAUACGGGAGUGAAGCCAUAUUGCUGUUCUGAGUGUGGCAAGCAGUUUUUACAAAGGAGUAGACUUCAUAGCCACCAAACAAUUCACACCGGAGAGAAGCAAUAUUGCUGCUUGGAAUGUGGCAAACAGUUUUCAAGAAGCAGCCUUCUUCAGAUCCAUAAAAGAAUCCACACUGGAGAGAAGCCAUAUUGCUGUACAGAGUGUGGCAAACAAUUCCGGGGCAGGAGUCAUCUUCUGAGCCACAAAAGAAUUCACAAAGGAGAGAAGCCGUAUUGCUGUUUGGAAUUUGGCAAACGAUUUUGUCACAGGAGUGGUCUUCAGAGCCACAAAAAAAUUGACUCUGUAGAGAAGCCAUACUGCUCUUUGGAAUGUGGUGAACAAUUCUGUCACAGGUGAAGUCUUCAGUGCCACACUUGAAUUCACACAUAAAAGAGGCCAUGUUAUUUUUUUGCAAUGUGUCAAUUCAUUUUGUCACUGUCGUAAUCUCCAGGACGAAAGAAUUUCCAGUGGAGACACCUUGAAAACGCACAAAAGGAAAUGGAAUGGCUUAAGAAACCACGCUUUGAUCAGCUGCUAACUGAAAGACCACUGGUCCAGACGCCAUACCAAACUGCUGUCUUAAAUAUAGUACAGCACUGUGCUGGGAUAUGGAUGAGUGUAGAAAUGUGUUACAGUCAAUGCAGCACCCACAGAUGACACCAAAGUGGCUCACUUGAGGAACAACUUUCUGACUUUUAAAAUCAGAGCAAUCCAAAGAAUCCCAGAUAUAUUAUUGCAUGAUCUGCCUUAGUAUCAUGUAUAAACUCUUUUCAGCAGUGUUUCUUAAACUAUGGAUCAUACCCCAAAAUGGGUCGUGGACAUGAUUAAGGUGGGUUGCCACAUAACUCUAGUAAAGUUAGUCCAGGUGCACAUUAUAUACAACCCACUCUUUAGCAUGGAAAAAAAAACACUAACUCAUCGCACAGAGCUUUUGUUUCUAUGACACAAAAUCUAAAAAGUAUUCCUCACAACACUGCCUUCCCUGUUAUAACCAGUGAAACAGUCAAACUGAGGUGAUUGGCAAACAAAGACACGUAUAAGAAAGGGAGCAAGAGGAGGGAAUGAAGAUGAGAUUAGCACUGUGGUCCGUAACCGCACAGUUAGGAAUGUCAAAAAGAAAUGAACUGAUGUGGCACAAGAAUGUGAUGAUUUUCACCAAAGGGCAAGUGAAUAGGAUUGGGGUAUGUGUGUUGUGUGCUAAAAGCAGCUUCUGUGGCCAUGGUCGAUAGAUCAUCUGUACUGAGUAAAACCUGUAGCAGAGGUGCAAGGAAGAUUCUGCUUUUAGUUCAAUGUGCCUCGGUGAGGAAGAACGGAAUACCAUCUCGUCACACCAUUCUUGGAUAAAUCUCAAUCUGUCGGUACUGUGAAAGACAUGUUUGGACCACUGAGAACCGUAAGAACACCAGGGAAUAUCAUAAUGUCGACAAGUUGGAGACAUUCAGCAUAAUGCCAGUGUACAGUAGUAAACAUUUAUAAAGGGGAGAGUUUACCAAAUUGUUCAUCAACAUUUAUCCUAUCCCCUACAGCAGGGGUGGGCGAAUUCAGUCCUGGAGGGCCGCAGUGGCUGCAGGUUUUUGCUCCAACCCAAUUUCUUAAUAAGAAGCACUUAUUGCUCAAGUAACACUUGUGCUUCACUUUAGUUGUCUCGCUCGUUACGAUUCUGAACCAUUAUUGCUUGUUUUGUCUUAAACAGCAGUUCUCUUGGUUUUUAAUGGCUUUUUAUUAGCAAUAAGAUUCAAAUGACAAAAGAAAGC